AUGCUGCUAACAACGUUCCACUUCCCUACUGGCACAGAUUGCGCUGCCAGAGUUUUGGAACAUCCUACAAGCCCUGCAGAAGAGGACAGGGACAGCGUCAAGCCCGCCGUGACUACGCCCGAAGAAACAGCCGCACACAAAAGCCCCCAAGACGACGCGGAAAUGCUCAGCGAAGACAACGGGACGGACAUAGACGAGUCUAGAGACGUAGAAAUGACUAAUGCAGAGGGGGUAGAUAGUAUCAGCGUUCCGGAACGGAAGACGUUGCUAGAUGAACUGCUCUCUGUGGGCAUGUCGGAAAUACAUGAUCAUGUGCUUCGAUUCGUGGGCGCUAUCAGUGCGAAGGGAGCCGAGGCGAAUGAUAAGACAGCGUUCUUAAGGCGACCGGAAGAACACCCAGAUAUCAGCAAAGCCCAAGAGAACAUCAACGAAAUCAUACAGGAGAUUAAAGUGCAUCGAAAACUCAUUCGGAAGAUAGUAGGCAAUCCGGCUCUGGAAUACGUGACCGUGGCUGGAGUGGAGUAUCUCGUCGAGGUCACGCAUGCCGUUGGGAAGAAAUUACCGAAAGAUUGGAUCCCAAUUAACAGUACAAAGAAAGUGGGGCGAUACAGAACACCGAUGCUUGACGAUUUGGUGCUGCGACUUCAAGAGCAGCGGGAGAGGCUGACUAUAGCUUGUGAGGCAGCGUGGAUGGUUAUGCUAGAAGACUUCGGGGAGGUGUACGACAGCCUAGCCAAUCUUACUGACCGAGUAGCCACCCUCGACUGUUUGCUGUCCUUAGCGGAUGUUUCGUUGCAAGACACCUUCUGUCGACCAAACGUACUGCAGAAACCCCCAAAUAUAACAGAAGGGGAUGCUGAUAUCAAUAGUGACAACGGCAAUACAAGUAAAUCAUUAAAGAGUGAUACUGAGCGUGGAGGCGAGAUAUACAUGACGGUCAAGGAAGGUCGGCAUCCGAUGGU